UGCCCGAGACCACUGCUCCGCGGGCAGUGCCCAGACAAGGUGGAGCCCGGCGGGCCCGCGAAUCCGAGACGUGUCCCAGGAGCUCCAGCGCACGUGACCUGCCAUUGCCUCCCGCCGCCUCCUGCCCGCGCCAUGACCCAGCCGGUGCCCCGGCUCUCCGUGCCCGCCGCGCUGGCCCUGGGCUCAGCCGCGCUGGGCGCGGCCUUCGCCACUGGCCUCUUCCUGGGAAGGCGGUGCCCCCCAUGGCGAGGCCGGCGAGAGCAGUGCCUUCUUCCCCCCGAGGACAGCCCGCUGUGGCAGUAUCUUCUGAGCCGCUCCAUGCGGGAGCACCCGGCGCUGCGAAGCCUGAGGCUGCUGACCCUGGAGCAGCCGCAGGGGGAUUCCAUGAUGACCUGCGAGCAGGCCCAGCUCUUGGCCAACCUGGCGCGGCUCAUCCAGGCCAAGAAGGCGCUGGACCUGGGCACUUUCACGGGCUACUCUGCCCUGGCCCUGGCCCUGGCGCUGCCCGCAGACGGGCGCGUGGUGACCUGCGAGGUGGAAGCGCAGCCCCCGGAGCUGGGGCGGCCCCUGUGGAGGCAGGCCGAGGCGGAGCACAAGAUCGACCUCCGGCUGAAGCCCGCCCUGCAGACCCUGGACGAACUGCUGGCGGCGGGCGAGGCCGGCACCUUCGACGUGGCCGUGGUGGAUGCGGACAAGGAGAACUGCGCUGCCUACUACGAGCGCUGCCUGCAGCUGCUGCGACCCGGAGGCAUCCUCGCCGUCCUCAGAGUCCUGUGGCGCGGGAAGGUGCUGCAACCUCCGAAAGGGGACGUGGCGGCCGAGUGUGUGCGAAACCUAAACGAACGCAUCCGGCGGGACGUCAGGGUCUACAUCAGCCUCCUGCCCCUGGGCGAUGGCCUCACCUUGGCCUUCAAGAUCUAGGGCUGGCCCCUAGUGAGCGAGGGAGGGUUGUCUGGGAACCCCAGGAAUUGACCCUGAGUUUUAAAUUCGAAAAUAAAGUGGGGCUGGGACACACGA